AGGCUAUGUAUUUCCACAGUAGGAAUUCUGUCAGGGAGUAUUUUUAAUGACACAAGGCGGCCGUGUUUCAGUGCGGCUUUAAUGGCCACUCUGCCUUGCCGCACGCGCUGACACGCAUAAACAUGGAGUCACCUUACGCUCCGCUUUGGACCCCGUAUGAGGUUUCACUGCCUGGGCAGGUCGGACCUGACCUCGUGUGACUUUAUUUUGGGGAACUUUCCAAGGAUUUGCAAAGGAGUCAACACCCCUCAACACUUGAAACUUGACUGAUUGGGAUUGUUAGCAUGUUGCUAAUGCUGCUAUGUUGACGAGUGCCUCAAAUGGAAUACUGUACUUCCAUCAAUACACUUCAAUAAGUACAGGGGUGUGAAAAAGUGGUUGCCCCCUUCCUGAUUCCGUAUUUUGUGCAUGUUUGUCACACUUAAAUGUUUCAGAUCAUCAAAGAAAUGUAAAUAUUAGUCAAUGACAACACAACUGAACACAAAAUGCAGUUUUUAAAUGAAACUUUUUAUUAUUAAGGGAGAAAAAAAUUAAAUUCCAUUUUUAUUGGCCAAUUUUGUGAUUGCGUUCAUCAUAAUUAUUGAUGAAUUAUGGGACUUAUCCAGGGGCAGUGGGGAGGAAGAAUCCAUAAAACUACAUUGGAACCUUGGUUAGAGAGCUUUUUGGUUUAUGUUGAAAAUUUACGCCAAACAAAGUGUAUUUUCUUAGGUCUGAUGGAUUACAAAAAACAUUCUAUCAAUCUCAUUUUACAUCCAUAGCACUCAUUUCUGCUCCCAAUAACAAAACAUAAGCAUUGAACUUACCGUAGCUUGUUCCCGGCAGGGAGCCAAACAUAGCACAUGUAUCUUCACCGCCGCACUUCCGUUGAUGUUUAGUUUGAUGUAUUUUUUACAUUUUUGCAAAUUGUGGUUGCAGGAGAAUAAUGUGUUUAUUUUGCUAAUUGAUGGUUUUGUGGGUUUUUUCCCCUACAAAACUCUGUAAAAGUGAUUUUAAAUGUUCAAUUGUCCAUUCAUUUGUCAUUUGUAAUUAUUUUACAUCAUUUUCAGCAUGUACAACUAUAGUUAUUGUCUAUAGAAUAUGUGCUUUGUGUUAACAUUUGUGGGUGUCUGGAAAAGAUAGAUUGGAUUUUUACAUUUUUUUCUAUGGGGAAAUUUGCAUUGGUUAGAGUCCGUUUUGGUUUGAGUCGGACCUUCUGGAACGUAUUAAUGACGUUAACCAAAGCACCACUGUACUGUAGUGGAGCACAUUACGAUAUUUUACCCAUCAGACAUUCCAUUUCACAGUAUUGUCUGCUACAAAUGGCUAGCUACUGAUUCGUGUGCUAAAAUGUUAUUUUCUGUCACCCUAACUCACUUUUUGCAGAAGAAGUAAACCCUGUAUGAAGUCACGUUAACCUUGAGGGCAAACCAUCGGAAUAAAGUAGCCGCACACUGGACAGUAUUCAUAAUAAAGUGAAAGCUAGCCCUCCAAACGGCUUAAAUUAUGGUAGUACGGCAUAUUAACGUUAAUUGAUUUGCGCUACAUUCAUUUGACCUUGUAUUGGGUCUUCUGCUGCAUUCUGGGUGUCUUUGGAGAUGCUGGAACAUGAAAGAUGUGUGUUGCGAUGUGCAGGUGCCGCGCCACAGCCGCUACACGUCACAGGGUUCAACCUGAAAUGCUCCCACGCCUUUCCACGUUUUCCUCUUCCGUCUUCCCGCUCCUUCAACCAAACAUCCGCUUCCUUCCUCUGCGUGGGUGACGCAAGCGCAUCGGUGACGAGGCAGAGAACAUCUCUCAAUUAUUUCCUGUAAUCGAGGUGCUCAAAUUUCUCAAGGAAUCGUUUCACCCUUAAAUUAGGUCAUGAUGUCAUGCACACCACCCACCCCCACCACUCAGGAACUAAAUACACAGCGUACAUCGUGAAGUGUGCUGAUGGAAAUACGGUCGUCCCUCGCUAUAGCGCGGCUUUCCAGAAAUUAAUUAAUUAUGGCUCUCUGGUAGUCUAUAGUCUAGCAGACUAUGAUCUAUUAUUAGUCAAAACAUACAGUAUGUAAAUACAAGUGAUAUGGAGUAUUGUGGUCACCAGGUGGCAGUAAUGACACUAAACAUUGACACAUUAGCUUACAUGACAUUACCUUAACACUGCAUGAAGUCAUGACAUGAUAGAGUGAAAAAAAGUUAUCCUCCCAUUCCGUGUGGAAGUGGUAAGUUUUCGGCUUCUUAAGUUUAAAAGAAAUAAAUUCGAGGCUAACUGGUUAGCUCACUAGCUUGGUAGCUCGCGGCCGUCUCGAGUCCCUGCAGCAUAAGAGUUGCAAUGUGUUGUAAACAAAGAAUAAUAGGAGUGUCAAAGUGACUAUAGGGGUGUUAUUUCAUGUCUAGAGGGCUCCAAUAAUGUUAAAAACUGUAUUUAGAAAGCCAUAAACAGGUUUUCUAUGAUAUAACUACGGAAAUAUUCGUUUAUUAAGAUUGAAUCCUAUAUCGAGGAAAUUCAUUUACCGUGGUCGUGUCUGGAACCAAUUAACCGCUAUAAAUGAGGGACGACUCUCACUGUUUCACUCUCACUAUUUUGAGUGUUUUCGGGUGCAAUCUAUUGCAUUUUGUUGUACCACUCAGUGUGAACGCACUUCUGAUGCACUAAAAGUGCAAGUGCGCACGUGCACUAAUUGAGACACAGCCCUAUUGACGAGGAUGCGUUUACAUUCUGUCAACAAGAGGCCCCGCCCCCCCAUCAUAUGUGACGCCACACGGGCUUUCGUGGAAAAAGGCUCCGUGUGGCUCCACAUGUACGGUUUUGUGUUUCCUGUCAAAUCGUCACUUAGCUAGCGCUCGGCGUCAAGGUGAACUUUCACCUUCUAUUUCUGCCGCAGGGUCGCAGCUGCUCGCGGUUGACCUUGACGGACGGUGAGCGCGGGGCAUCGAUGAAGCCAGUUUGUCUUUCGACCUUGAAAGGCUUCGGCGGCAGCUCGGCGCGUGCUCUCGAGCGCUCCUUCAAGUUAAAAGACAUCACCAACAUGAAGGCGUCCUUAGUUUAGAAUAUGAAAAAAUAAAAAGCACCAACUUUUUUGAUCAGCUGAAACCCCGCCCCUCGCCUGUGAUUGGCGGAUGCCGAGCUCAGGCCGCUCGUCACCACUCCCGCACUUUUCUCACACGUUACCAUCCUGAUGACCUUUGACCUCAGCGUGUGAUUGGCGGCUGAGAGAAUGUUGCCGACUAUUUUUUCCUUCAGCUCCCGUCAACCGUCUCCCGGCGGUGACAUCAUCACAUUGCUGAGGCCACAUGCCUGGCAGGAGGGAUGGAGGGAGGGAGCCUGCUGCCAAAGAUUGCCUAUUAUUGCCACGAUGACUCACUCUGUCAGGCAAGACAGCGCAGCAGAAAAGUCAGGAAGUGUUUGGGAAUGUCAAAGUAAAAGCUGGCCUCCGUCUCUUCAUGCCUUCCAUGCGUGGGAAUAUUAUGGGAUGUCUUCCGUGCUCGGAGGAUUUACGAGGCAGAGUGAGACCUCACGCCAACUUCAGCAGGCACACACAAACACGCACACACAGUGGGCGUGUCUGGUGUAGAGGGCGGUGGCGUGCGUGACGAGCUAUAAGAGCGCACGAGAGCGGCGUGCGGCAGCAUCACAGCACACGAGUCACAUGAUGGGCCUGCACAGCGUCGAGGAGCUGGUGACCGGUAAGCGGUCAGAGGGCAAGGAGGCGGACGACAUCCACAGCGGCGAGUACGAGGCGGCGGUCAAUCGAGAGAAGCAGGAUGACCUCAGGUCCCAUUGCCAGCUGGUGGGCGCUGGCCUGUCGGAGGAGAGCGACAGCGGCGGCGAGCUGGAGGAGGUCAGCGUGGCGGCCCUUCACAUGGACAAAUGCGGGCGCCUGCGUUUAGAGACGGUGGACGACUUGUUCAACAUCCUGCAGCUGAGGAAGAGGAGGAGAGAGAGGAAGGCGCCCGUCCACAAGAAGAAGCGUCAACCCGACGUGGAGGUGAUGCCCGAGACGGUGGACGCCCCAGUCUUCCUCGCCGCCGCCAUGGACAACAAGAUGGCGCUGGUGGAGAAGUACCUGAGCGAGGGAGGAAAGCCUGACACGGCCGACCACUUCCAGAGGACAGCGCUGCACAAAGCCUCCUUCCGAGGUCACGUGGAGGUCAUGACCAGGCUGCUGGACGCCGGCGCCGCCAUGGACAGGAAGGACAAGUUGGAGGCCACGGCGGUCCACUGGGCGUGUCGAGGAGGAAACCUUCCCGCCCUUCAGCUUCUCCUCCAGCGUGGAGCCAAGCUCACCGCCAGAGACAAGCUGUACAGCAGUCCUCUGCACGUCGCGGUGAGGACGGGACAUUACGAGUGUGCGGAGUACCUCAUUCACUGCGGAGCUGACGUCAACGCCAAAGACCGGGACGGAGACACGCCCAUGCACGACGCCGUGAGAAUAAACCGCUUCAAGAUGAUCAAGCUGCUGAUGCUCUACGGGGCCAGCCUGGACGUCAAGAACAGCGACGGAAAGACGCCGAUGGAGACGCUCUACUCGUGGCAGAACGGCGCCAAGAACCUCCUCUUCAACUUCAACGAGGAGAAAGCCGAGCAGAGCCCCAAGGUGCUGUGACAUCAGCAAACAUGAAGAUUGACACUUUUUCUUUUUUUUCCCCCGGUUUCCUGAUGGCUGGCCAUGUGGGCGCGGCCAUUCGUGGAGGGGCAUGGCCUAACUGAAGACACGUUGGUUCUUCACGUGGCAGUUUUGAUGUAAAAUGUGAUAAAAAUGUGAAAAAGCGAUCGCGUGGCGACGUCGUGAAAUGUUGCUGGACGACAUUUUGUUUUGCGCCGAUGUCAGCGGCGCUUCCUUUCUUUCUUUGUGACAUUCUGACUUCCUUCUAGUUGGCUGGAUUUGAUGUUAUUGAUGACGCCAUGUUAUCGUCUAAUAGUCAAGUGAAUCAUUUCACAUAGUCAUUAGCUGCUAGCUAACAAUUUCAGCAUGUUUGCAUUUUUGUUUUGUCGAUUGUGAGGAUGCGAAGACGUCUCAGAAGGUAUCCGAGGAAGUUUGUUGAUGGCUAAAUGGCGUGUGAGUUAUAUGAAAGUCACUUGUA